UAGGCAGUGACGUCAUCGGGGAGCUGUUCGAAGCCGUACGGUGCUGAACAGAUAACGCUCGUCGUCUUUCUCCUUUGCUCAGUCUUUCUGCUCACUCGGUCUUUGCCGGGCUGCUGGUUCGGGAAGGUUGGGCUCCCGCACGCUCACUUGACCUCUUCAUUGAAGAAACAUUACACGCGAGGGAGCGAGUGCGCACGAGGACCGCCGCCGACCGCACGGCGCACACCUUGCCUUCAGCAAAUGUCGGAGAGAUUCUCAAUUCGUGAGGUCCUGAGAAAAUGGUGAUGGUGAAGUUAAGUAGCUUCCUCAUGAGGUCACCGGAGCCCUUGCAAGAAUAAAUCCAUCGUCAAGGAAAACGAUCAUAUCAUGGCCACCUCCUGCUACCAGACUAGACUAACUUCUGUGCAUGGUAUAAAUGCCGAAGACGACCUAUGAACAUUAAAGUCCAAAUCAUGUAGUAGAGCUUUUACCAAUAUAAAGGCACCUUUCAAGAUUUUUGUUGGCUUUUACUCAUUCAGAUCAAUGUUUGGGUAAAGAACUAAUUAUUUUGUAGUCAUUUAUCAGAGUGUGAGAAUAACGUGAAAGAAGUUUGUAAUUAGAGAGAGAGAUGGUCCUCCACAUCACCCCUUACUCCAGUUCCUGUCUUCACUUCCUGGAUGGCUUGUCAUGGAGCCUGGUGUUCCCCUGUUACUGGCUCCUGGAUCAGCUCCUGGCCUCCUGCCUGGCUACUUCACUCGAGAAGCGCCAGCGUUCUCAGGACCCAUGCUCCCUCCUCACUUUGUGUGUCCUAAUAAUGGUGCCUCUUUACUUGCUUUUGCUCCUCGCCUCUCUGCCUUUCGCUCUGCUGGGCUUUGUCAUCUGGGCUCCUCUGCAGGCCAUCCGUCAACCCUACCUGUACACCUACCACAGACUAGAAAAGCACCAAGCUGAGCAAGACGAUGCUGCACCAGGGUUUGUUGGGGUCGGGGACUGUAGACCUCAGGGCAAGAGCUUCUGUUUCUGCAGCGCCAACGUUUGCCUACUGCCCGACUCUCUGGCCAGGUUCAACAACCUAUCGGACACUCAGAGGAGAGCACGGGAAGUGGGCAAGAGGAUCAGAAAUGGUGCCGGUCGACCUCAGAUUAAAAUCUACAUUGAUUCACCAACCAACACUUCCAUCAGUGCGGCCUCCUUCAGCAGCCUACCCACAGGUUUUCGUCGUACCUCUUCCUUGGACCAGCGGCGAGAUCAGACUCACAUUGUGAAUGGCCCAGCAGACACUGAAAACGAGCCACUCGCCGAGUGUCCCAUUCAUCCUGUUGGUGGUACAGACUGCCCGGUUCAUCCAUCUACAGUAGUGCACGGAACCUCUGAAUGCCCCCUUCACUCAGAUGCAGGAAACACAACAGUGGACUGCCCCCUACACCGUGUGGAGACCAACAACUCAGACUGCCCUUUACACGCUUUGGUGCAGGUUCCAGAAUGUCCCAUGCAUUCUACAGGGGCACAUAGUGGCCCCGGUAAUCACGACUGCCCCAUGCACGGAAAAGAGAUACAUGUUAAUAAUGACUGCCCCAUGCACGGAAAAGAGACACAUGCUAAUAAUGACUGCCCCAUGCACGGAAAUGAGACACAUACUAAUCAAGACUGCCCCAUGCACGGAAAGGAGACACAUGCUAAUCAUGACUGCCCCACGCACGGAAAAGAGACACAUGCGAAUCAUGACUGCUCCACGCACGGAAAGGAAGCACAGGCUAAAACCGCACCAGAGUGUCCACUUCACACCUCAGGUGUUCAAAUCAGCAUCAGUGCCCCUGAGCCAGACCCCCAUCCGGAGGAGGCAGAGACAAGGAACCAUCAGUCAGGGGAGCGGGCAGGAGUAGAUGUGGCCAGCAUGACUGCCUCAAGAGAAUCUCUCGCUCGGUACCAAGGAAGCGAUGGUUGCGUAAUGAUAUCUUCGAACAACACCCUUUCUCACGUGCCUCGCACCUCAAUAUUUAAACGCCCCGGUAGAAAGCGCCGUCACGGAGAUGAGGCAUUCGAUCAUGACAUUUCUGCAUUUUUUCCUGCCAACUUGGAUUUCCUUGCCCUUCAGGAAGUGUUUGACCAUAGUUCAACAACACGACUGCGGCAGCAAUUACAUCGCUACUUUCCUUAUGUGCUGAGUGAUGUUGGGCGGUACGGAUGGAAGGGAUGUUGUUCCAGGUUCAAAUUCCUCAACAGUGGUCUGCUGCUGGCUAGUCGCUACCCAAUUCUGGAUGCACGCUAUGAGUGCUUCCCCAAUGGAAGAGGAGAGGAUGCACUGGCAGCCAAAGGAGCCCUCUUUGCCAAGGUUCACGUGGGCACCUCCCAUCAAGAGCAGAGGGUUGUGGGAUAUCUCACAUGCACCCACCUCCAUGCCAUAGAAGGUGAUGCCUCUGUGCGAUGCGAACAACUGGACUUGUUGCUCCAGUGGGGUGCGGAGUUUCGCCAAGCUUCAUCACAUCAUUCUGGAGGGGAGAAAUUUUUUGAAGACCUCGUGGCCUUUGAUGUCAUUCUGGGUGACCUCAACUUUGACAACUGCUCUUCAGAGGACAAGUUGGAACAACAACAUGCACUUUUCUCUAUAUACAAGGACCCGUGUCGCCAGGGGCCAGGAGAGGACAAACCAUGGGCUCUGGGUACACUGCUGGAUCCCAGUGGCCUUUACGAUGAUGAGGUCAGUUCACCGGAAAGUUUACAAAAAGUGAUGGAGAAUGAGGAGGGCAGAAAGGAGUACCUGGUGUUUCCUCCCAGUAAAAGCCAUUGUCCCUCCAAGAGCCAGAAGGGAAGAAACAUUCCACUGAAAGGCAACGGACGCCGGAUUGACUACAUUUUGUACAGUGACGAGGGCCUGCAACAGGAUUGGAAAUUGGAAAUAGAGGAGUUCAGCUUUGUCACACAGUUGGCUGGCCUCACGGAUCAUCUGCCUGUGGCCAUGCGAUUGGCUGUCUCCACAGGGGAGGAAGACUCUUAGAUUAGCCACCUGCAUUUGUCAGGAAUAUCUGCCAUUGAAGGAUGAUGGACGAGGAAGAUGAAAAUAUUAUGUUUUUAGUAGAUGAAAAGCAGUUUGGGACAGCACAUUUUAAGGGGACAACAUGGAAGAUAAUCCCAUUCAUAGGGAACAUGAAAAUAAUCGGAACGAAAGACAGACGCCAAUGUCACUGAGAGUUGGGGCGACCACAGGACAAAAUAAGUAGAGCAAUCUCAGACACACCAUGCACACGAAUACACGCAAUUUGAGCGUUUGAUAUCAUCUGGCCUCUCUGCUGCUCGCCCUGUGGACAGCACACCUCCUAUUCCACUCCAACCAUGAAUACAUUGUUUCCACUAGUUUGUGAGUUAGCGAGCAAUUUCCACAUUCACGUAUGAUGUUGGGGUUUACAAACGGGAGGAUGUUGCUCUUUUGAUUCAAGGGUGGAUUUACCCAUUGAUGCCAUAGUGAAUCAAACACCAUGAAGUGAAAGUGCACCUUAAUCCAGAUCUGCACAUAUACUGGAUUACAAUGUUCCUUGGCACCACAGCUCUACAAAGUUGUGUUAAAAGGUUUUUGUUUUGUUUUGUUUUUUUUGCGUGGGCCAGGUUAAUAAGACAAACGCCUGUGACUAGCUUCUACAAUGACCAUCUGUGUCAUUGACUCUUGCUCCUCUCCCAAAAGGCAACUGGUCAGUUCAGUCAUUUACCCUACCGGUCCCUCACCUCAAAAAGUGUCUUCUUUAACAACCAACAGAUACAAAGAUAAGAGAAAAAAACUAGGCUAGUGUGGUUUCUAGUGUUUUGUAGGGGGCUCCAAUCUUUGUUUAAUACAGUAGAACCCAUUUUUUAAAAUAUAUAUAAUAUAUAAAAUAAAUAUGAGGAAAAAUACAAUGCUUUUAGCAUGUUUUACAGGUUUGACAAGCAAAAUAAAGAAAGAAGUUUUUACGAUUUUCUGAUGCAUGAUGGAAAAUGAAAUCCAUUUCCAAGUCGAAUACAGCAACUUCGUGAUACAUGAUUGCUUGAGUUUGGAUACAAAAUGACCUUGGAAUACGCCCUGACAUUUACACACUCACAAUUAUUGGGCACCAAUACUCGCCUGCAUGCGUAUUUAAGUCCAUCGGGCUAGUUUUACCUGACACUGCCAACUAUUCUCCAACAGCCAUCUUGGAGAUCCUGGUUUACAUUUGUGACAAAUGUUGCCCCACGUGGUUUGGGACAGGCCACACAUGAAAAGAGGAUGUGGAGGCUACGCAAAGCCCCGUCUGGCAACAAAGAAAAGCCAUCUUGAGUACUACCCAGUACAGUAUUGUGUUUAUAUCCAGUUCUUUCCUAUUUUUUGUUUUUCAGAGUGGCCUUUGAGGUUGUGAAGUAGAUAAUUGAAUUGGAAAAAAACCCCCACUUUUUCUCCUCACCAGUACCGGGUACUUAUAUUUGGAGAAACACACUUUUUCACUCUGGAACUAAAAUUAUGACUUUGCACGUAAUCUUGCUUUCCAGGUGUUAUAGAAAGUGUGUUACGCAUUGGUGAACUACGAAUAACACAAGGAGAGAGAUUUCUAAAUUGCAUUAUGGAGCAUGAAUAAUAACACAAUCAAUUUAGGCUAACAAAUUGGGCUUGAUAGGCGAAGUCUGCUUUUUGAACAACUUAUUGAACUGACACAAUUGCUUGUUUGUCAGUUUGUUGCACUAAAUUACUUUUUUAAAGCAAAUGUGUGUGCACAUCUGACAUAAUUUUUCAUACUGUAUUUCAGACUUUAUGAACUGUUGUUUCUCCAAAUGAGAUUGAGCAUAGGACCAUGUCUAUACUCGUAUUGUCAACAAAAGCAAUGUGUUCUGAUCAGAUCAACAUGUACUCAUGCCACUUUGCUGCUCUGAACAUGCCAUAAGGUCUUUUCAGGGUACACAGAGAGGUGAUUUAUUAUCUAUACAAUUUAAUAUGAAAAAAAAUGUCCAAAAUGUCCAUCGAUCCAUCCAUUUUCGACUGCUCAUCAGGCGUCGGGUCACAGGGGUAUAUAGCUUUAGCAGGGAAUCCCAGACUUCCCUCUCCCCAGCCACUUCUUCCAGCUCUUCCCGGGGGAUCCCGGGCGUUCCCAGGCCAGCUGGUUGACAUAGUCUCUCCAGCGUGUCCUCCUGUGUCGUCCCCGGGGCCUCCUUCAGGUGAGGCAAACCACCAAACCACUCACCAUGGAGGCGUUCAGGGCACAUCCUAAUCAGAUGCCCGAGCCACCUCCUCUGUGGAGGAGAAGCGACUCGACUCUGAGCCCUUCCCGGAUGACCAAGCUUUUCACCUUAUCUCGAAGGGAGAGCCCGAAUACCCUGUGGAAAACUCAUUUCGGCCGCUUGGGUCCGGGAUCUCAUUCUUUCGGUCAUGACCUCGUCGUGACCAUAGAUGAGGGUUGGAACGUAGAUCGACCGGUAAAGUGAGAGCUUCGACUUUUGGCUCAGCAACGUCUUCACCACAACAGACGAUACAAAGUCCGCAUCACAGCAGACGCUGCACCGACCCUCACAAUACGUUUUUGUCUGCCAGGUUGGACCGGCAUUUUCCCCCACCAUCGGAGCCAACUCACUCGAACUCCGGCCUGGUGUCCUGGUAACAAGUGCACAUAUGGACACCCUUGUGUUUGAACAAGGUGUUCAUUAUGGACAAUCCGUGACAAGCACAGAAGUCCAAUAAAA